CAAUCACACCUCCCAACCGUCGCUGUGCCUCUAACCCAAUCGCAGCGCUUCUUUCACUUCCAUACACUGCUGGAGGAUAUUGUCAAGUGGAUUGUUAUUGGCAGACUUUCUGGACAGGUUUCUUAUUGGCUGCGGGCGGUGCGGUGGGUGUGUGCGACCGGCUGGAAGCGCUGGGCUAGUGGGCUGUGAGUUGCUGGGUGGCUUCCGCUACUACAGGGCACAGGCUGAGGGAGAUACUGAUGCAACAUCGUUAUUGUACAGAUCGGUGUGAGCGGCAGGUGGGUCUGAUGGCGGCUACGGAACUUUUUCACAAAGAAAGUUAAAAGUAAGAAACCAUGACCACAGGGGAUGUUAAAGGGGUAGUCCGAAAAAUAGAACAAAGACUUAGAUUGCUGAAUUAUCCAAGAGAUGUGGACUAUUCAGGGUUGGUAAAGGGAGAUCCUGCAGCAUCAUUGCCUAUUAUCAGCUAUACGUUCACAUGUUAUUCAACAUGCAUUGCAGAGAUCUUAGUGUCUUUAGAUAUUGAACUUGCUGGAAAGAGUGAUUCAAGAUUUAUUGACGCGGUUUACAAGGUUCUCAGAGAUGUAUUCCAUUACAAACCUGUAUUAACAAAGCAGCAAUUUCUUCAGUGUGCAUUUUCUGAGAGGAAGAUACAGACCGUUUGUGACAUUAUCGAUUGUGUCGUGAAAAAACACAAGGAAAUUGCAAGUCAGAACAAGAGCGCCGGCCAGAUCGACCGGAGCCGCGUCAUUUCCGGUGGGCGGAGUGACGUCAGGACCGGAAACCGGGCAGCGCGGCGGGAUGGACCUCACUGCACACAGGUUAAAUUACAACCAAUUAAGAAAAUGGUUUCUGUUAAAGAUAAAUGUGAAGUAUUUUAUCCUGAAGAGUCUUGUGUGCAGUCAAUGAAAACCGAAAAGCUGACCCAAAAAAAAUCCCUUGUGGAACGUCAUAUAGGUAGAGAUCUUCCAUCUUUACCUGCCGCAAAUGAAAUAUUUGUAUCUCAGACAGAAGAUGAUGUUUAUAGGUCAGAUUCUGAAGAGGAAAAUCAAUGUGAGAAAGUGGUGGCAAAGGACUCCCAGAUAGACUUACUAAAGGCACAGGUUGCUGAAUGUCAAGAGAAGAUUGCAAGGCUGGACUGGAUGGAGGACAGACUGCAGGCAUUGGAGACCAGUAUGAAAGGGAAAAUAAUUAUUGAUGAGGUGGACUGGAAUAACCUCCUCAGUCGUGUUCUUCUUUUGGAAACCGACCGCUUGUUGCAAUCGAAAAAGAAAGAUUUGACAUCUGAGUUCACCUCCAUAAGUGAGGAACGUACGUCAAGCAGAAUGAUACAUGAAGUUUCCCCAGAUUUGAACUUCAAGACCGAUAUUCCAGAGAACAAUCACCAGUCGUCUGGAUACAGUUCUUUGCUAUCUGCAGACACAUCUCCCAUAGCUAUUGACAUAAAUUAUAGGAACGCCACAGAAGACUCAACAGAGACCACAAAACAAAGGAUGGACAGAUUAGCUAAAAUGCUGGAAGAGACAUCAACACUUUUGAAAUAUUCAAAUAGUACAUAGUAAUUUAGCAUUUCCUGUAUGUAAAUGUUUGGAAAUAUGUGCAAUAAAGUAUUUUUAUGAAAAAACUAA